AUGGUACUCACGCUGCUGCUGCGUGAAAUAUCGACAGAGCAUAUGUGCAUCAUUGGGACAAGGCAUCAUCUUGCCGACGUCUUGCAUGGUCUUGGUCAAUUCCAAGAAGCAGAAAACAUUCAACGCGAAGUACUCGAUCUACGUGUUGCGAACUACACAGAAUCACAUCGCCAUACGAUAUCAGCAAUGAAUAACCUCGCUGCAUCGUCGCAUCGCUGUGGUCGAUUGGACGAUGCAGAACGGAUGCGACGAAAGGUGGUUGAUCUGGGAUGGGAGGUGCUAGGCACAGAACAUCCUCAAACCCUUGAUGACUCGUAUAACCUAUCCCUCAUGUUGUCCGAGCGCAAGCAUCUCGAGGAGGCGACGACGCGUCUGAAGGAUACCAUGGAGUUCCGCCGUGCGGUGUUUGGUGAGGGCCAUGCUCACACUCAACAUCCGCUCGAACUUCUCAACGAUAUUGUAUCCAAGCAGUCUUGUGGUAUUCUUUACUCCAAGCCCAUUCAUUCCUCCUCUCGUCCUCCACUGCUUAAACUACAGGUAUCAUACAGACUCUCGUCCGAUAGCAGUCGAUUGCGUUCUCUCCCCAUCUUCAUUAUACGCAGCUCUAAACCUUCCUCGCAAACGGUGACCGACAAAGAAGCAGCCGUUCCUGGUUUAGAUCUCAGCAAGCCGUCACCGUCGAGGACCAAAUCCAAGAAGGACGAUCUUGGUUUCCUCGAACUCGCAUCGGGAACAGAUCCUAUCGUCGACAUUAUCGCCAUCCAUGGGUUAGAUGGUCACAGAGAGAAGACUUGGACGGCGGAAAAUGGCAUCUUGUGGCUUCGAGAUCUCCUCAAAGCCGAUAUACCCAACGCACGAAUUCUCGCAUAUGGCUACGACGCCGACACUCGGAGCCAAGAGUGUGUCUCGACGCGGACUAUAUACCAAAACGCCGACAAGUUUCUCAAAUCCCUCUCGAGACAACGCAGUGAUCAUCCACGACGACCGAUCAUCUUCAUUGCGCAUAGCUUGGGAGGCAUAGUGCUCAAACAGGCACUUGGCCUUUGUCAUAGCGAGACUGUGGACUCGAAAAAUGACUUUCGGGACAUCUUGGUGUCAACUCACGCCGUUCUCUUCUUCGGGACGCCUCACUUUGGCGUCAAAGGCGUUGAGCUUUUGCAGACCAUGAACAGGCUAUUGUCGGUGUACUUGAAGACUACAAAGGUUAUCGUCCGAAACCUCAAGGAGAAUUCCUCGGCAUUGGAGAAUAUACAGAGAUUGUACGCGUCGGCUAGCAAAGAGAUUGAAACCGUUCUGUUCUACGAAGUGUAUCCAACCCCGAUCAUCGGUGGCAAAAGACAAAUGAUUGUACCGUAUAACUCUGCCACCAUCGCUGGGGAUCGUCAGGCAAUUGAAGAAGGACUGGACGCCGACCAUUGUGAGAUGGUCAAAUUUCCCAACUCAGGUCACGCGAAUUAUGCAACUGUUCUUUCCUACCUCAAGCAGCACGUUGAAGGAGCCACCGCUGGGGUGGCAAAGAAGUGGUGUACCGAGGACGCAUAUCGAGAUCUAGCAAAUAGAGAAGAUCUAUCGCCGAAUGAGGUUGUCCUACCAAAGCCGAGUUUGACUGUGCCAAGAAACUACAUUGAUAGGCCACGGAUUCAAUCCCUUAUCACACAGCAUCUCCUCCCAAGUAGUCCUGUGCGACGACAACCCCGGUGUAUCUUACACGGGAUUGGAGGUGCCGGUAAAACUCAGCUCGCUACAAAGUGGAUUCGUGACAACGAAAACAAGUUCACUCGUGUGAUUUUCGUCGACGCCUCAAGUCAGACCCAGUUGGAGAAAGACUUGGGACUAUCGGUUCACUGUUUAGGCCCAGAAUAUAGCAAGAUGACCUGGAAGGAGGCGGUCGCGUACCUUGACGGCAAGGAGACAGGAUGGCUGUUGUUCUUCGACAAUGCCGACUCGCCGGAUCUAAACCUUCGCCCCUAUCUUCCCAAUUCCAUCCACGGUACGAUUCUAAUUACGACAAGGAAUAGCGAAUGCAGUGGAUAUGCUCCGGAUGGCGCAAUUCCUGUUGGUAAUCUCGAGGAGAGCGAGGCAGUGGAGCUCCUUCAUGUCAUCGCCAACGUUACACCUCCAUCAAACGUCAGGUCGCUCGAGAUCGUCAGGGAGCUAGGGAUGCUGGCGCUCGCCAUUACUCAGGCAGGAACGUAUAUUCGCAAGACGAGACGGCUCGAUACGUACCUCGACACGUUUCGUAAGCAUCACAAUCGGCUUCUGCGAAAGAAGCCGGAUAUCGGCAGCGAGUACACCUCGUCGACAUACGCCGCGUUCGACCUGUCGUUCGAAUAUCUCCCCCCAAAGGCACAAGAGCUACUUAAGCUGUGCGCAUUUCUUCAUCACUCGGCCAUUCCAAUCUCUCUAUUCGAACAAUCAGUAAAGAAUGGUUUCAUUACAUACACCGUUCUGAAUAGCUGCCCUCCUCCGGCAAGUGACAAGGCCUUGAUCUCAAACCUUGAAGAGAUCCUAGGCUCGAUAUGGGACGAGGUUGGAUUCCAUGAGAUCCUUGAAUCGGCAUCUCGUGCGUCAUUCAUCGACAUUUCGAGUGACGGUUUAGUCUACGGCGUGCACCCCCUCCUUCAGGUGUAUAUUAAGGACAGUCUUGAUGAAGAGGAGAAUCAGCGCUAUGGUUGUAUGACAAGACAACUCAUACUUGGAGCCAUCCGACGAGCCGAAGGUAGCAAUGCGCAUCUUUGGCUGUUGUCUCCCCAUGCCAAUAAUAUACCUCGGCUCAUGAAAUCAGAGCAUGCAGCUCACGCAUUGGCAUUUCACCUACUUUACGAGUCCUUAGGUGACUGGAGAUUGUGUCAAGAGCUGUUGGAGACUACCCUUUGCCAGCUUCAGCAGGCCAAUAGGGAAAGACAGGAUGAUUCCCUCUGGGUUAUGUACAAGCUUGCCAUUGCACUAAAUAGGUGCGGUCGGUUAGACGAGGCGGAGAAGAUUGGACGAGAGGUACUCGCUCUGCGGCUGGAGAUCCAUGGAGGACGCCACCCAGACACAAUCUUGGCAAUGAAUAAUCUCGCAUUGACCUUGGCUGACCGCGGUCAGUGGGCCGAGGCGGAGAAGAUUGGACGAGAGGUACUCGCUCUGUGGCGGGAGAUCCUUGGAGGACGACAUCCAGACACAAUUUCGGCAAUGAAUAACCUCGCAUCGACCUUGGCUGACCGUGGUAAGUGGGUCGAGGCGGAGAAGAUUCGACGAGAAGUACUCGCUCUGCGGCUGGAGAUCCUUGGAGAACGGCAUCCACACACAAUUUCGGCAAUGGGUAACCUCGCAUCGACCUUGGGUGACCGCGGUCAGUCGGCCGAGGCGGAGAAGAUUCGACGAAAGGUACUCGCUCUGCAGCUGGAGAUCCAUGGAGGACGGCACCCAGACACAAUUGUGGCAAUGGGUAACCUCGCAUCGACCUUGGGUGACCACGGUCAGUGGGCCGAGGCAGAGAAGAUUGGACGAGAGGUACUUGCUCUGCGGCUGGAGAUCCUUGGAAGAUGGCAUCCAGACACAGUCUCGGCAAUGGGUAACCUCGCAUCGACCUUGGCUGACCGCGGUCAGUGGGUCGAUGCGGAGAAGAUUGGACGAGAGGUACUUGCUCUGCGGCUGGAGAUCCUUGGAGAACAACACCCAGACACAAUUUUGGCAAUGCAUAAUCUCGCAUCGACAUUGGCUGGCCGCGGUCAGUGGGCCGAGGCGGAGAAGAUUCGACGAGAGGUACUCGCUCUGUGGCGGGAGAUCCUUGGAGGACGACAUCCACGCACAAUUUUGGCAAUGGGUAACCUCGCAUCGACCUUAGCUGACCGCGGUCAGUGGGCCAAAGCGGAGGAGAUUGGACGAGAGGUACUUGCUCUGCGGCUGGAGAUCCUUGGAGAACGGCAUCCACACACAAUUUCGGCAAUGGGUAACCUCGCAUUGACCUUGGCUGACCGCGGUCAGUGGGCCGAGGCAGAGAAGAUUCAACGAAAGGUACUCGCUCUGUGGCGGGAUGACCUUGGAGGACGACAUCCACACACAAUUUUGGCAAUGAGUGACCUCGCAUCGACCUUGGCUGACCGUGGUCAGUGGGCCGAGGCGGAGAAGAUUGGACGAGAGGUACUUGCUCUACAACUGGAGAUCCUUGGAGAACGGCAUCCACACACAAUUUUGGCGAUGAGUAACCUUGCAUCGACCUUGAAUGACCGCGGUCAGUCAGUCGAGGCGGAGAAGAUUGGACGAGAGGUACUCGCUCUGCAGCUGGAGAUCCAUGGAGGACGGCACCCAGACGCAAUUGUGGCAAUGGGUAACCUCGCAUCGACAUUGGCCGAUCGCGGUCAGUGGGUCGAGGCAGAGAAGAUUGGACGAGAGGUACUCGCUCUGUGGCGGGAGAUCCUUGGAGGACGGCAUCCAUACACACUCUCGGCAAUGAUCAGUCUUACCCGCAUCCUGCGUGAUCUCAGUCGGUUGGAUGAGGCUGAAAAGCUCGGGCGGGAGGUACUCAACCUUCGGACUGAGAUCCUUGGACAACGACAUCCCAAGACCAUCAAUGCCAUGAGCGAGCUUGCGAGCAUCUUGCGAAUCUGUGGCCAGUGGGAUGAGGCAGAAAACAUGGGACGAGAGGUACUCGGUCUACGGCGAGAGAUCCUUGGACAACGCCAUCCGUAUACCAUCCGGGCAAUGAAUGAUGUCGCAAAUAUCAUGCAUGAUUGUGGUCAAUUUGAAGAAGCGGAAAACCUUCAACAUGAGGCGCUCAGUCUGCGGCUUGAGAUCCUUGGAGGGCGGCAUCCUGACACCAUAUCAGCCAUAAGCAACCUCGCUUCUACUUCACACCGUCGUGGUCUACUGGAGGGUGCCGAGAAGCUGCAACGAGAGGCAGUUGCCCUCCGACUCGAGAUAUUGGGCCGAGAGCAUCCUCGCACCCUCGACGCCUCCUAUAACCUAUCCCUCAUGUUACACGAGUGCAAUCAUUUCGAAGAAGCGACCAAGCUUCUACAGGAGACCAUGGGGCUACGUGUCGCGGUGUUUGGUGCUGACCACGCCCACACUCGACGUGCCCAGCAACUUCUCGGUGACCUUGUGUCUGGGCAGCCACCUCGUCUUCAAACGCAUACAUUCUUACUUUCGUGA